UUCAUAUUUCCAAGUUAGCAUACCAUUUGAUACCACUGAUACUACUAAUACUGUUACUAUUCCUACUGAUGUAUAGGAUAAAGGGGACAUUAUGGAAUUUCCUGAUUUAAAGAGGCACGAUUAAUAAAGAGGACUGGGGUGAGGAGUAGUAACCACAAUAAAUCAGGAAAGAAGGAAGAAAGAUGGAUAGAGUAGGUGGGGAGAAAUUUUUCUCUACUUUCCUCCAUUUAAAAACAGGUAAAUAUUUCCAGUAUUCUUACUGGAUCACAAACAAUCUAUUUCCUUACUGAAAAGAACAUGCAAUCAAGAUGUUGACAAGGUUUAUCAUUAACAUUACCUACUUGCUAUCUAUCUCAGCGACAACUGCUACUGUGAUGGCUAUCAAUGUGAAUAUAUAAAAAACUGUAGAUUCCUCAACUAACCUAUAAAUCAAAACAAUUCGAACAAUAGUUUAACGGAAAAAGGGUUGAAAGAGUAAAUUUGGAAAGAAGAAAGCUGACAUAAUAUAUUUCAUAACAAAAUGUCUCACAUGAAAUUGCUGAAGGAUAUGCAGAAGAGGUGAGAUACAGAGUAAACAACUGUUUUCUUUAAAUAUCUCUACUAUUGGAUAGAUCCUUAAAUUUCCCAGUGCAUGUGUACGCGUACACAAACAUACACUCACACACAGACAUCAACAAACAUUUAUGUAUCGAAGUAUAUAUUCUAAGAUUGUUAAGAUACCUUCGAAUAUCUUCAGUAGAAUUCAUGGAUCUUUUGCCUACAGUCUAUACAAAUCGAAUGGUUUGUCACAGUAACGGGAAUAGUGUCAGUGUCAACGGAACUAACCCAGAGACGAUUGGCGCUAUCCAUGAAGAUGGUGAUCAGGAGGACGGAGAUGAUCAAUUAUCUACAGAAUAUCGGCGAAGUAUAUGUGGAUUACAUCAUCCUCACCACCAACAACACCACCAUCAACACCAAAAUCAUCAUCAUCAUCACACUGCUGAAUAUCAAUAUCAUCAUGGUCAGAUAAAACUACCGCCUCAUUUAUCAGCACUCCCUAAUCCCCUGUAUUAUUACUUACACUCAUUCUACAUAAAUCGUGUUGAAACACGACGUCAGACAAUAGCCAAGACACUGCGUGAAAUUGUACAGAUUGCUCAAGAGAUACUACAUGAAGUUGAAUUACAAGAACCACGUUUCAUUAGUACCCUCAAAGUCAUCAAUACUGGUCAACUGAAUAGUUUAGAGAUGAAACAACAGAUUGAUAAUCAUUAUAAUGAUGAUGAAAAUCAAUCAUUUUCUACAAGUGCUAAUACUACGAAUAAUAAUAAUAGUAGUAGUAGUGAUAGUUUAAAUAAAAAAAUUUCACAAAAUGGAAUUUAUUAUGAUGGUUUACGUGUUCUAUCAUCAAAUCACUUUGAAAUUACAUUGUAUUUAAAUCAAAUGGGUGUAUUCAACUUUAUGGAUGAUGGCAGUGUACCAGGUGGUGCUGUAUUAAAAUUAUCAGAUGGUCGUAAGCGUUCCAUGUCAUUAUGGGUUGAAUUUAUUACUGCCUCAGGAUAUUUAUCAGCUCGCAAGAUACGCUCAAGAUUUCAUAGUCUAGUUGGACAAGCUGUACAAAAGUCAACCUAUCGUGGAAUUGUACGUAUGUUAGGACAGACAAGUGAAGUGAAAUUGUGUAUACGGGAUAAGUAUAUUUUACAAAUUACUCCAGGAUUUCGAUGUAAUGGUUUAUGGCCAAGAUCAGCUAGUCAUUGGCCAACAAGUAAUUAUUUACAGAAUGGUAUAAAUACUACUAUUAAUACUAACAGUAGUAGUGGUGGUGGUACUACCUCAGUGAAUUCAAUAUUCAAUACAAUGGAUUCGAUUAACAUAUCGACUAUGGUUAAAUGGCCUUCAGGACAAUUAAUCAAUGAGGUGAAACGUGAAGGAUUUUGUCUACUGAGUCAAGAAUCAGUUUAUACAAAAGAUAAACAGGCUUCAGCUGAAGGUGAUGCCUGGUUAUUAGACUUCUAUGAUGCUGAAGAACGACUUCUACUCAGUCAUAAUAUACGCAGGCAAUGUUUCAGUAUACUGAAGACACUAGCUGAUAGACACUUGACUGGUUUAGGCGGUGAUUUAAAUCUUCGAAAUUCUACUGUCUCAUCAACAUCAUCAUCUAUGCAACAACAGAACAUUACUCCUCCAGUUAUUCAAGAAUAUGACAUUAAAACACUUGUCCUUCAUGAGUGUGAAAAACAUCCUGGAGAUGAAGAGUGGACUCAGUAUACACUAGGUGAUAGGAUAAAUGGUAUCCUAUUACAGUUAAUAUCAUGUUUACAACAUCGUAGAUGUCCGCAUUACUUUCUUCCACAUUUAGAUAUAUUUCGUGGUUAUUCUACACUAGGCAUGGAUAUUACAGCUAAACAAGCAUGGAGAUUAUUAAGAGAAUUAUUGACGUGUCCACAAGCACUUGAAUACCUUUAAAUACAUGAGUAGAUUCAGUAUUCAAUGAUAAAUGAUAACAAAACCACUUCUCACUAUAUUCAUUUAUACAGUCACAAUACGAAGUAUAUUUCUUUGGAAAAUAAAAAUGAAUGUUUGUAGGCAGUUAGAACAAUAAAGAGAAGAAAUUUAUAAUAUUUCUAUAAAUAAAAAAAUGUAAUAUAUCAAAUAGAUGGGUGUUACUUAUAGAUAUAGUAUAUUGGACAUAUUGAACACACCAUUGAACAUUGGACAUACUUUGAUUUUAAACAUUUAUGAAUUUGUGAGUUAAACAAUUCGGUGAUUUCUUUCUUUUUAUUUCACAAUACAUUUAUAUACAUAUAUAUCAUGCUCAGUGGACAUUUUGUUAUUAAGAUGACAUAAGAUUUCGUUUUUUCAUCUAAUUGGAUCAACUACA